UAUCCGGUCUUCGGGAGUUUAUCGACAAAGACAGUAACAGAAUGUUCAGGAAAACCACCUGGAGGAACAUAGUCAGCAGUGCAGUGAGUUUCCACCAGGACCAAGCCCUCACCACAACUAUAUUCUUCCUGAGGUCUUUCGGCCCGACAGGAUUCCUGCUCAGAGAGGAGGGAGAGGCCAGGAACUUUAAGGUGUUCUUGGGUGACCCACAUACGUGCACUUGUCCUGUGUUCACCAGGGAGCAGGAGCUGUGCAAACACAUCUGCUGGGUUUUACUGCGGAAGUUCAGACUACCCAGAGAACAUGAAUAUUCAUUUCAGCAUGGACUCGUGGAGAGACAGAUCUUGGAGGUGCUCCAUGGUUUACACCAAACCAAAGACAACCGGACGGAAAAUGAUCCCUCAGCUGCUUCUGAGACCCCGAGCCAAGCUGUCACUGACCCCGAGACUGGAAGUGUCUGCCGGAAAGCGAUCCAAGUCCAGGAUGUGUGUCCCAUCUGUCAAGAGGAGCUGCUGGAGAAAAAACAGCCCGUGUCUUACUGCAGGUUUGGUUGUGGCAAUAAUGUCCACAUCUCUUGCAUGAAGGUGUGGGCGGAUCACCAGAGACUGUCAGACAGGGAAGAAACAGUUAAGUGCCCUCUGUGCAGAGAGGACUUCAGCUCUUUGAAGUUUAUUCAGGAACAGAUGAAAAACGCAGCAAAGCUCUUCACUGCUGCCGAGAGAAAGAAGCCAGACAGACACCUGGGAGUUUCCUGUCAUAGCUGCAGGGUCUGCCCUGUCAUCGGCAAAUGUUUCAAAUGCACAGUCUGCAGAUAUUUCUAUCUAUGUGAGGACUGCUCAAAGAAGGGCCAGCACCCACAGCAUCCGUUUGCUUCACGGACAAAAAGGAGAGAAAAGUGGCACCUCGUGGCUGAGGAGCUGAGUGAUGAACAAAGAGGUGUGACCUCACAGCCAGGAAAUGGCAGCAUCAUCCCUGUAGCUGCAGACCCUCUACCUGAAAGUGUGUUGGAGUGUCUACCUACGGUCAGGGUGAGAUCAGGGUCUCGGCUUCUGGAUGAGGGACAGCAGUGUCGGAUCUGUCUGCAGAACUUCAGCCUGGGCCAGCACGUCCGAACUCUGCCCUGCCUUCACAAGUUUCACACUGACUGUGUGGACAGGAUCCUACGGAAGUCCAAUUCCUGCCCCUUGGAUGGAUAUGUCAUUUAUGACUCCUUGACUUGGAGCUCCACAGAAAGGAAGACCUCCCCUCAGUCGGCCUCCUGCCUUUCCAGUGACUGUGCCAAACAACCAGAAAAAACCUUAAAGGACUUGUUUAUUCCAGGAGUGGCACUGCAGGACAGGAACACUAAAGUUACUUCUUCACACACUUUUCUUAACUUAGAGGUGCUAACAGACUCUUCAGUAACUUUUAACACACCACAAAAGUUAAUAACUGACAGCUUUCAAGGCCUGUGCAUAGCUACAGACUCUAUGGUGAAGGAAGGAAGAAGAGAGUUGCAGAGAACUCUUAUUCCUGAAAGCAGCUCUGCUUGUGAUCAGCUCAGUAAAUCUGACUCAAGUGCACAUUCCUCAAAAAAGACAACAGUGAAACACAGCCCUGCUUCACCUAACAGGUGUGCUAUGGCGGUAAAAAUCAGGGAGCAACCACAGCUGGACCUUUUUGUCGGUUUACGGAGACCUGAGUCCAACCACAAAGCGACUGUGGCCUUUCCUGCCAGGCGAACUAGAGUGCAACUCAAAAGGACAGGCACAGUAACCAUGACGGAUACAAACAACACACUCAUUUCAGAGCUAAAAAUGACUGGAGUCCUGAUAAACACACAGCAACAGAGGAAGAAAAAGACUUAAAUGCUCCUGUUAAAGGGUUACAGGUUUUAUUCAACCUGGACCCUAUUUCACAUGUUUUCUGUCAAGAGCCCCAUUCCCACUGAGCAGUCCAGUAUGGUACAUUUCAGAUUGGUUCACUUUUUUCCAUUUCCACUGUGAAAAGUUGUGAAUGGUACCGAUGGAACCGAUCUGUACAGAUCUGGUACUAAAAGGUGGAGCUGUGAACACUGCAGUCUGUUGAUUGGUCAAUAGCGGAUGGUCAUUGUGCUCAUGGCUGAGUUGUGGCUGGU